GCACCCCCGGUGAACAUGUUUUCUGUAUUCACCAAUUUUUUUCCGCUUUGCGCAUUAGACCCGGGAGAAUCUACUUACUUACGUACGUGCCCCACCUGCAGUUCCGGAGCUCCCUAUUCUUCAUUCGAGCGAAAUGGCCACAUAAAGAUGAAACAUUCAAACCGGACAACCGUCGACCCUGGCGGGCCCCCUCCGCAAGCAGCUGCGUUAGGAAUGGACGAAUAAGUUUCUCCUUCCGCUGUUUUGGGUCCUCAUCCUCUUUCUCGUCUUCCGGUUCUUCUUGUUUGGCACCAGGAGAAAUUGAACACCGUUUUUGUCGUGAACAAAACCAAACGCAAAAGCAUGGUUUUUGGUUGGAUCGCGGCCGCUUCUCGUGGCGUCUGGGAGCGGACGAAAAAGGCGGUGGGCGGUCGGGGGUUUGACGUCGUCGCCUUCUGCGCCGGGGGCACGUCAGACCGACUGGUGAUUGUCGAGUUUCUCGGGAAAGAAUUUGAUUUCAUGGAUGCGCUGAACGACGGGAAUUCCCCCGAACAGGGAGCUUCGUCGAAAAUAGACGCGGAGCGAUUUCGGAAAGCGUUUCAAACGCGCGUCGUGUUCCCCUACCGUUACAACAUCGAGGAUCUUUACGACAACGACGGCUAUCAAAUCUCCGGCGACGCGGGUUUCGGCUGCAUGAUCCGCGUGAUGCAGAUGAUGGUCGGGGAGGCGGUCCGGCGGGUGGACCACAGCAUCUUCGUGAAGAAGCAAAAUUCGAAGAAGCAAAUGGAGGAGGACAUGUCUGACGUGGAAGAUGAGAUCGACGAGGAGGAUUUCGUUUCCUUGUUCUACGACCGCCCCACAGCGCCCUUCAGCAUUCACAACUUCUGCAAGGUCGGAAACGAGAAACUCUCAAAACCGCCGGGGACCUGGUUCGGCCCAACGAGCUCUGCGCAAGUAGCCGCGAAGUUGAUCAACAAGUGUCCGGUGGACCUGGACUUGCGGAGCGUGUGCUUCUCUGACGUAUGGGUUGUAAAAGUCUCCGGGUCUGGAAGAGACGGGGCUUGUCAUGCACAUUUUGCAUGACCCGACAGGUUUGUGAUGCUGGUGCUAGUAGCAUCACAGAUUUUUUGAGAGCUUCUUGCUGCUAAUUACGCAUGACAAAUGCGUUCUCCGCGUGCCGAGAACUGACUCCUUUUGCUGCUCAUGCAACACAGAUAUUUCUAGAAUACGCAGACAGCAUUACAAGUUCCACUCUUCCAGACCCAGACAUAUUUGCAUUUGAUAUGACGGGCCGGUGUACGAAGAUGUGUUGCGGUCCAUGUUCACUUCGAGUAGAGCAGCGGGGGACAAUGUGGUGGUUGGGUCAAAUCUAUCCUGUGCAAAAGCAUCGCACUAGUAGUAGCAAUUGCAUUACAAAUUUGAAAUUUGCUUGGUAUGAUUACAAAUGAAAUUUGUAAUGCUGUUUUACCUUAAAAAGGAGAUUUGUCAUGCAUAGCAGCAAUCACUACGAGUGCGAUACUUUUGCACAGGAUAAAAUCUCCCGCAGAGCAAUUUGGAAUCCAUGUACACUGUAUCAAAUGUAUAUGUAAAAAUGUCUGGGUCUGGAAUAAUGCAAUUUGGCAUGCUAAAUCUGAAGCAUGCAAAAAUCUGUGUUGCAUGAUUACCAAAAGUCGUCCAGUUUUGACCAAGUCGGGAGGCAGUUUCUCAUGCAGGAUAGGCAUGAGAAAGAUCCCACAGAAUCUGUCAUGCUAGGCCCUGCAUUCCAGACCUCAUGGGUCAUGGGAAAGCUGCAUGACAAAUCUGACAAUCUUCCAGACCCAGGCACUUUUGCAAUGCAUACACUGCGGGGGCAAACAGUAGUGGACCUUCGCUCGCAGAGAGAAAACAAUCACUAAAAGCACGCGCUAGGGGGGAGGGGUCAACAGUUACGCCAAUAGAACACCAUCAAGCUCCUGGAAGUAGUAGUGGUUCCUAUAAUUACAACAACGAUAAUUUUUCCAAUAGCACAACAGCUGCGGGAUCCUCGAACGACUACAACAAUAUCGAUGCGGGGGAGGAUGAUCAAGAUCCAUACUUUAUCCUGAGUAAAAACAUCCCCACCCCGGAGUUGUCAUGCAGAUUUGCAAUUGCAGGAAGAUUUGUCAUGUGCAUCCCCAUGAGAGGCAUUUCCAAUCGUGUUUUGGAAUUUCUGAUGCUGGAAACAGGAUGGGCAGAUGGGUUUGUGAUGCGGCUGAACUUGCGUCACUACACUACACUGCAGAGAGGAACUUGCCAUGCGUGACUCCCAAAGCUUCUGGAUUUGUGUUGCGAGAUCCCCAUCUUGACUUGUGUGUGGGGACGUUUUUACUCACAAUUCAGUUCGGGAGUGAAGAUGAGGCUGCGGAACAGGAUGCACUCGGCAUAGACUACACGAGAUACACCACCAUGCAGCAGAAGGCUUUAUCAAAUGCAAAAAUGUCUGGGUCAUGUAGGAGAUUCCGAGAUUUGGCAUGCAGUUUUUCCAAGCUCCCCCACGUCUGGAAUGCAGGGCCUAGCAUCACAGGUUCUGCAGCUCCUUGGUGAUGCGUAUUCUGCAUGAGAAAUGCCCUCUCAGCAUGGCCAGAAGUGGGCGCGAUCUUUAGCACGUUAUGCAUCACAGAUCUUUGUAGUAUCCGAAGCACGCAUCACUAGUUCGGAUCCUUCCAGACAUCCGGGGAUAUUUGCAGUUGAUAGGCUUUGCAGCGGAACAGAAAACACGUCACCGCGGACUUGGGCUACGGAUACGCGGACUACGAUGGGAACUACUACGCGCAACAAGUAGAAAUACUACGGCAGCAAGGUAAAAAUAUAAGCAGCAAUAGACACAACUACGGACGACCCCACCACCGACCGGUUGGGUUUGAAGGCGAGGCCUCGGGCGCGGCACCUAGUAGUAGUUCUUCGUCAAAACAAAAACAAAAAGCCCCGACGUCAGCAGCACCAGCAUCCAAUUCUACUUCCUCACCAAAAAACAAAUCCGCUGACAUGUCGCACGCCAGCGGCACACCGGCGGUGCAGAGGCAACAGAGAAAACGACACACGCACGUGCUCUUCUGGGUGUGCCGGCAACUGGGGUAUGACGAGUCGAACAAGCAACUGCAAUACCAAUCCGCACUGUCCGCCCUCUUCCGCCUACCGGAGUUCAUCGGUAUCGGAUCCGGCAACGAGGGCGCCUCCGCGCACUGGUUUACCGGGUGUGUUUUUAGCACCGAUCCGCAGCAAAACACCACCGAACAACUCCUCUACUUCGACCCCCACUGCAUUGUUCUCGAUGCGCUGCAGAAAACCACGCAGGCGAACGGGUCCGAUACCGUUCCUAUGAACUGCAAAAGUAUCGUACUAGUAUAAAUUGCAUUACAAAUUCACUUAGCGUUACAAAUCAAAUUUGUAAUGCGGAUUUUCCUUAGUAAAGAGAUUUGUAAUGCAUAAACGCAAUUUGUACGAGCGCGAUACUUUUGCACAGGAUAGCUCCCGACUACACCGACAUGGAGCGACGGGCUGAUAUGGAAGCGUCAGGUUUGAAAUCGACAAAGUUGAAGUGAUUUGUCAUGCAUAAAAUGCAAGGCAUGAAAUGCCUGUCUUGCCGGGAUGGCAAGUGAGGCCGAUUGUGAGCCUGUUUAGGGUUUGAGAUAGAGCUGCUCUAGUAGCAUGACAAAAUACGCCUUCUGUCCCUAAACAGCAUGACAAAUUGGAAUCCGGUGCUCGGAAAAUUUGCCAUGCGCCGCUUGGAUAUUGGGCUUCCAACUGGUAUCGGCUUUAUGCAUGACAAACUAUCUCAACUUUGUCGAUUUCAAUCCUGGCACUUCCCAUAACCGAUCUCUCCGGGAAGUGUUGCGGGUCCCUAGGUUUCGACCAGAUCAACAGUUCGCUGUGUCUCGGCUUUCUCGUUGGCUCGUGGGAACACUGGAAGGUAUUGAAGUCGAGGUUAGCGAAAAUUGAGAACGGGUUGGACUUGAUCGAAGUGAUGCCGACGAAGCCGAAGCCGCACAGUGGGAGUAUGAGCACCGGGAAGGAGCAUGGAGCAGACGACGACUGGCUGGUUGCAUGAGGAAUCGGAUUUAGGUCGUGUUGGCUGUUUGGCAUGAUUAUACCAGACGGAGGGGAGCUGGAGAUAGUUUCGUUUGGUGAUGAUCGAAAGCUGAGCAGGAGAACAGGCCGCUUGUUUUGAAACAAUGCAGAUCCACCUUCUUCUUCUGGUCGUGUCGUUUACACACAUAGAGACUGCGCGCCUUAUUCAUAGUCAUGCAGAUAUUAGGCCACUUAUGCUGAUUCCUUUGUGUCGACGAAUAGGUUUUGGCUUUGAUGAAUACGAUGGAUAUCACUGUUAAUGUAAAAAAAGGCAAAGGAGAGCUUCAGAAGAUUUUGAAUCCGCAUUCUUUGGCUCAUCUGAAUUCUAUCGCAGUGCUCGCACUAUUUCCACCAAGAAGAC